CCACUUCACAAAUCAAUACAGUGACGGACACUUCACCACGAACGGAGAGCGAGAUGGAAGAAGCGGCGGCGACGGCGACGGCGACGGCGACGGUGAGUCAGCGCGAUCAGUGGAUGGUGGAGUCGCAGGUGUUUCAGAUUUACCAACUCUUCGCCACCAUUCCUCCCAACGCACAAUCCCUCAUGGUGGAGCUGCAACGUGAUAAACACGCUGAGUAUCUCUCCAAAGGCCUCCGCCACCUCGGUCCCGCGUUUUCCGUCUUGGACGCCAAUCGACCAUGGCUCUGCUAUUGGAUUCUCCACUCCAUUGCUCUCUUGGGUGAAUCCAUCGAUGAUGAACUCGAAGAUCACACCAUUGAUUUUCUUAACCGUUGCCAGGAUCCAAAUGGUGGAUAUGCUGGGGGACCAGGCCAGAUGCCUCAUCUUGCUACUACUUAUGCUGCGGUCAAUACACUCAUUACUUUGGGUGGUCAGAAAUCUUUGGCAUCAAUUAAUAGAGAUAAAUUGUACGGGUUUCUGCAGCGGAUGAAACAACCAAAUGGGGGAUUCAGGAUGCACAAUGAAGGAGAAAUUGAUGUUCGAGCUUGCUACACUGCCAUUUCUGUUGCAAGUAUUUUGAACAUUUUGGAUGAUGAGCUGAUCCAGAACGUUGGGGACUACAUUUUAAGCUGUCAAACGUAUGAGGGUGGCAUUGCUGGUGAGCCUGGUUCUGAGGCUCAUGGUGGGUAUACCUUUUGCGGAUUAGCUGCAAUGAUUUUGAUUGGUGAGGUUAAUCGCUUGGAUCUGCCUCGUUUAGUUGAGUGGGUGGUAUUCCGUCAAGGUAAGGAGUGUGGAUUCCAGGGAAGAACGAAUAAAUUGGUGGAUGGAUGUUACUCCUUUUGGCAGGGAGGUGCUGUUGCACUAUUGCAAAGAUUGCAUACCAUUGUAAAUAAACAAAUGGUAGAGGCCUCACAGUUUUGUACGAUAUCUGGCGAAUCUGAAGAAAAAGAAAGUUUGGAUGGAACCUCUAGUCAUGCAACUUCCCAUAUUGGGCAUGAUGGCUCAUAUGAUUUUAAAAAUAUUGGUUAUGAUUUCAUCAAUGAGUGGAGAGCAAGUGAUCCACUUUUUCAUAGCAUUGCCUUACAACAAUAUAUUCUUUUAUGUUCACAGGAUCAAGACGGUGGACUGAGAGAUAAACCGGGUAAACGUAGAGAUCACUAUCAUACAUGUUACUGUUUAAGUGGUCUCUCAGUGUGCCAAUAUAGCUGGUCAAAGCAUCCAGACUCUCCACCACUGCCUAAGGUAGUAUUGGGCCCCUAUUCCAAUCUUUUAGAACCUAUCCACCCCCUCUUUAACGUUGUUUUGGAACGAUAUCGCGAAGCUCAUGAGUUCUUCUUUGCUGGGUCGUAACCGGUGACCAGAUUAUAGCUACUUGUAGCUUUAUCUGUAGAAUGUAAAAUUAAUUUAUUGGAACCAUUACUUAGAAAUAUCAUAAAAAAAACAUUAUUGGAUUACUCCGUUCAUUUAUCUGUGUUUUUGACAUUGUUGAUAUAGAUAAGGACUUCCAUAAAACAGAAGUUGAUUGCUA